AUGGCCGGCGCCGCCGCGGAAGGGGAGGCCGUCGUCGGAAGGGGAGCGCGCCAGUCAGCCAAGGUCAAGGCCAAGGCCAAGGUCGCGGCCGCGGAAGGGGAGGCGAUGGGGCCUCGCCUCAGCCUUAGCCUUUCUCCGGAUGCUCUUGAUCUGAUUGCCAAGAGGGAGGCCUUGCUCUCGGAGUUGGCCUCGCUCUCGUCGGAGCCUUCGCCCUCGCCGCCGCUCCCUGCAGCUUCGUCGUCGCCCCUCUGGUCCCUCAUCUUGUCCCGUUGCCUACCAUCAUCCCUACAGCCUGAGCCUGCUCCAGAGCCUGAGCAAUUCGACAGGUUGGAACACAACUGGAACAGUUCUAUGAUGAUGUUGCCGAGCCCCUCCGAGGUAGCAGCAGCUCAAGAUCAUCAACUUGUCAUGGAGGAAUGCCUUCGCCACUAUAACCUAAAUCAUCCGGAAAAUGAGUACGUACCUGCCCCUGGCAAGGUGACCAGGUACAGCAGUCCUCACAAUGGCUCUUGCUGGACUCAUGGCAACUUCGUCGCUAGCCCCAAGCACUCCAGCUACUUCUCCUUACUGCCCCCUAGACCAACUCUCUUCUUUUAUGAGCUUGUUACCAAAGAUGGUUUUCAAGGAGUUGUUUCGUGCACCCCGCUAGAUGAGCCAGUUACUGAAGCCUACAGUUUGUUUGGCCUUCAUCUUGGGUGGGGAACUCGUCGUGAUGGCAGUUCGGAUUGCCUUUGCAAUACAUGCAACCGUCUUGUUGAUAGCGAGGUUCCUUGUGUGGGGAAAGCAUUUCCGUGUGGACAUUACAAGGCAGAGUGUGUUUGUCAAAUGUGCUAUCUUCAGUCUGAAGUGCUGCAUCCAUCGCCAGAAAAAUUUGCGUUUGGAAAAUGA